CCAGCGUCACCCAGACUAUGAUAUCUACGUUCGAAGAGUCCUCUGCGAGCAAAUGGCUCCAUCCCCCCUCCAACCCCAGUUCGACGAAGAAAGCCCCCCACUCCACCGCCCAGUCUACCGCCCUGAUGAGGAGGAACCCAAAAACCCCUUAUUAGACGACUUCCCAGAUCUAAGACCUUUUGAAUCAAGACCAAACUUCAGACCAAAACCUAACUACAUAGAUCACGACAGACCUGAUGAUUACAACUCAAAGCCUAACAUAGAUAACCCUCCUAGCUACGGAGCUCAUAGACCUCCUGAAAUCCCAUACAGACCUUUAAGACCUUAUCCCGUACCUGAUCCGUAUAUGCCUGAAAGACCAUGGUUAAGACCAGACCCAUAUAGACCACAACGGCCAAGACCUGAUAUACCAUAUGGCCCUGAAAAGCCUCAAAGACCAGAGGAUUACAGACCUAUAAGACCGAAUGACCCAUAUGGACCUGAUGAUCCGUACAAGCCGGAUAGACCAAGACCUGAUCCUUAUAGACCUGACUAUAGACCUGAUGAACCAUACAGACCCAGUUAUAAUAGACCUUUCAACCAUUCGCGUCCAAAACCAGAUCCAUAUGACGAGCUGCAGUUCCAAGGAGGUUAUGGAAGACCUAAACCAGACCCAGGUCUUUGGAGACCAGACCCUAUUUACCCGCCUUCACCAAAUGAUGAUGUGCCUGACUUGUACGGACUUAAACCAGUAAGGCCUGAAAGACCUCCAUAUAAACCGGAUGAUCCUGAGUAUCAUUAUAUUGUCAGACCAAAUAAAAAACCAAAACCUCAACACGAUUACAAUAGACCUGCUGAAGACCCAUAUAAACCUAAUAAACCUGACUAUGAAUCCAAUAGACCUGAUCCUUAUUCACCAAAUAAACCUGAUCCGAUUGAAGAUAGCGGCUACGGUAAUAAACCAAUUCAAGAUUACCCUACAAAGCCAAAUGAUGGAUAUAAACCUAAACCAGACUCAUACGAUCCUGGACCAAUAGGACCACCAGAUAGACCGUAUAGACCUAACAGACCUUAUGAUUAUCCAUCAAGACCAAAUGAGAAACCUAGCUACAAUUACAAUAGUCAGUACGCUAGUGGCUACGGACAGAGCCAAGAUAACUCAAUUCAUGUAGAAAUAUACGAUCCUCCAAGACCUUAUAAGCCAAUGAGGCCUUUGCAAACCUUACCAAGCCAAAGUUAUGGUCAAAAUUAUGGCUAUGGUAUCUCCUCUGGUCACCAUUCUUAUGCUCCUCCUCCUAAUACUCAUUUAGGAUAUGGUCCAAUUGAAGGUCUGUAUGGUCAGAAUUAUAAUAAACCGGAUGAAAGACCUGACCGACCUUAUGGUCAAGGUUCUUACGGUCAAAAUUUUGACCAACCUGGCUAUGGUCCCCAAAACCCUCAAGUUUCUAAACCAUCGUAUGGAAGCCAAGGUUAUGAAAAUGAUUUUACAGAUCAUGGGUCAGGUUAUGGUGAAAACCGACCAGCUUAUGGUCAAUAUGAUAAACCCUAUGGGAGUAAUAGACCUUCAUAUACUAGUCCCAAACCUUCCUAUGGUACAAAUCAAGAUAGUCCUUCUUAUAGUACUCAGAGGCCUUACGGAGAAACUCAAGAAAAACCACCAUAUGGAUCUCAAUCAUCUUAUGGAAACGACCCAAACAGACCUGACGGAAAUGACAGACCUUAUGGAAACAACCAGAAUGGUCAAGAUUAUAACCAGAGUCAGAAGCCAAAUGAGACGUAUAGACCUGAUGUGAGACCUGUAUAUGAGUAUGAACUAGAAAAACCUGGUAAUGUCCCUAGCUACAUCGUGAGACCCAAUGGAGACGUGGUAACCUCAAGACCUGUGACUGUUGGUGAUUAUGGGAAACCAGGAUAUGAUAGGCCAGGGUAUGGCAAACCAGGUUAUGGGUAUGGUGACAAACCAGGCUAUGGAGAAAAACCAGGAUAUGUAGACAAACCAGAUUAUGGCGAAAAACCACUGUAUGGAGGAUAUGGAGAUAAGCCAGCGUAUAAUAGACCAGUGUAUGGCAGUGAAGGUGACAGUGGUUAUGGGUCUAAACCAGGGUAUGUUGAAAGACCAGAGUAUGACAAGCCAUAUGACAGACCGUCAUAUGGAGGUGGUAGUAAACCUGGGUCUAAGCCAGGGUAUGACAAACCUGGCUAUGAUACAGAGUUUGGAGAAAAACCGGGGUAUGGAGGGGAUGGGAAUGGACCAGGGUAUGGAGAUGCAGGGUACAGAGAUCCAGGGAAGCUGGGCAGUUAUAAAGCUUGCUUCCGACGAGUCCUCGCCGGCCGGCGUGCCGUCCGGAGCCAUGUUAGACGAGUGGUGCACUGCGAGAGACUUGAAGAUUGCAGAAGAGAAUGUGCUGAAGAGAGGAGGUUCCACUGCGAAAGCUUUAACUACAGACUGGACCCCUCCUUCCGUGGCAAAGGUCUUUGCGAGCUGAUGACCAAGCCCAUCGAAGCCUUCGACCUUCGGCGGGACUUUGUCGAUGAUAAGGACUAUGACUUUUACGAGAUUGACCGGAACAGCUUGGAACCGAACUGCCCUGAGAGUUUGAGAGGACCAGGUCUUCUCCACUCCGGCUACCUCUCCUCAAAACCCUCGCAACCGGCAGCCGCCUGGUCUCCAAGUUGGGACAGACUGGACUUCCACGGUUCCAGCCACCAGGACAGGUUCUAUGAUGACCGGGACGGAUUCCCGGGACGUCCAGGAUUUCCUGGUCCGGGAAGACCGGGGAAAAGGAGAUAUGAGGAUCAGUUCUACAUCCCGUAUCAGAUUGGCGUAGGUCGUAGCAACGAUGACCAGGCUUGGGGCCAAUAUGGCGGCGUGUACGGUGGCGACACCUACUACAAGAACCGGAACGAUUACCACAAGUCUAUCAGCUAUUGGCGGCUGUCCGGUGACUCGGAUCUUGAACAAGGCGUUCGUCCUUGGGGUUUCAAAACCGACUUCAACUACAACGACCUCCGUCGAGACGGGGACGAUGAGAUACACCCCUACUCCUACGGCUCUUGGAAAAGGGGAAGGUGGAACAACUCGGGCACAGGGUCUGAUGGACUGGAUCUUGGGGAGUCUAACUUCUAUAAGCCUAGUUAUGGGCCUCCUAAGACAGGCCAAGAAUGCACGUCAGAGCGUCGCCCCGGCCUGUCUCUAAGCACCGGAUCCAUCAGGAGAGCCCUACUGGCCCACAACGUCCUUGAGUGUGAGGCGGCUUGCUUUGAAGAAAGGGAGUUCAAAUGCGUGUCUUACAGUUAUCGGUACUCCAACUCACAUGGCUCAGACAACUGCUUCCUCAGUGAGCGUCCUUACAGAGGACUCGACUUGGCUACUGACAGUGGAUCAGAUGUGUACGCAAUGCCUCAAGACUGUGCUGUGUCUGUAUCACAUAGGCCUUGGGUUGAGAGUGAAUGCUUCUGGCAUGUUCGGUCAGGCGUGGCAGUGUCAGAAACUGUAGCCAGAGCAGCUAUAACAGUGGCGGGGCUUGGCGCUUGCGAGGCGGAGUGCAUCAGAGCGCAGGGUUUCUUCUGUAGGGUGUUCAGCUUUAGGUUCUCCGCCCCUACAAUAGGCGAAGAUCUCCCCAACUGCAUUCUUACCUCUUCACCCCCAACUUCCCUCUCUACAGGGAGGGGGUUGCGACCCUCUAAGGGGCACGAGUUAUACGCGAGAGGGAACUACGGGAGAGGCUGCGAGCCGGCCUUGUUUGAUAAUACUGCCGUCAGUGAGCCUAAGAAAGAAUGCUACCUCCAAUACGAUAAUGCUGCCAAACUGAUCGGCUCUGCUAUCAAGGGCCACGCCAGAGUUCGUGAUGAGCAGUCUUGUGGAAUAGCGUGUACUGACGCGCCUUUUAGAUGCCUCAGCUUUUCCUUCAACAACAACGCUCCUUCGGGCAUAGACAACUGCCUCCUCUCAGAGAUCCGACUCUUCGAUCUGCAGAAAGGCGUGGAUUACGAACAUUCCACCGACGACUGGCUGUUUGCCUUCGAUCUCUUCAACGGGCAGUGCUGGAGGAAAGUGCACGGGAAGGAUUUUGAUAACCAUGUUGGAGAACUACCACGGCCUUUGUUACCACCUGUCCACGCAUAUCCAGGCUCAGAUAGACCUGACGCCAUCCCCAGUGGGCCCAGCUAUUUGCCUGCUCCUGAAGUUCCUCCGUACAUCUCUGGUCCACCGUCCGGCCCACCAUCAGGCCCACCAUCAGGCCCACCAAUAGACCCACCAACCGGCCCAACCGGCCCAACUGGCCCAAUAGGUCCAUACCGCCCUGACAAACCUUACAUAGACAGCUUCAAACCCAGCUACCCAGACCCUAGACCUUUUGAGCCUUACCUUCCUAAUCCCAGUGGGUCUGGGUAUCCUGGGUCAGGGUAUGAGAAGCCAGGGUACUUGCCUAUAGAGAGACCAGGGUAUAGGCCUGAGGGUAGACCGCUGAGGCCUAUAGAAAGACCAUAUCCUGGUGAGAAAGAGGAUGGACCCAUUGCAGUAUCCUGGAGUAAAUACACCGUGUCAGGAUUCCCGUGUCGCGCCGGGACCACGUGCGCCCAGAACGUGGUGGCUGGGCACUGGGCCUGCGAGCCAGAAGGAGGGGAAGUUGGUUCUUGGGACUACUGCUGUGCCCCGAGUCACCGAUGUGGAUACAGCGAAGGAUUCAGCAAGCCUUGGUGUUACGUCGGACCGGAAAAGGACCAAUGGCGUCCGUGCAGUGAAAAAUACUAUCCGUACCAUCAGCAUAACGUUCCUCAUCCCUCUCAAGGCCAUAGAGAGCCCCCCUCCCGCCUCCCCGGCAGACCGUGGUCUGGCAGACCGGGCUACUUCGCCGACGACGUAGACAAGCCUCUACUAGGGCCGUACAUCUCGGAGGCAGACAGGAAAUACUGGGACGACUUGUACAAGGACGGUCCGAAGGCGUACUAUGAUCAGUAUGGGAAUCCUUUGCCUGGCUACACCCGCGUGCCAGCAAUAUCCCGACCCCACAUUAAGUACCACCACAACUACCCUCGCCCCGGUGGUCACUGGGCGCCAUUGGCGCUUGACGCCCCACAUGAGCUUGAUCCGCCGGUGCCUGGAGGUCUUGGGGUGCCAAGAUAUUGGCCAGUCGCGUAUCUACACAAGGGUCCUCCACCGAACAUAACUUAUUUUAAAUUCAAUGAAUCAACUCCAACCACCACUGAAAAGGGUUUCUACCCAGAGAGACCCGACAGACCUAUACCAGAUAGACCUUUCAGACCAAAUGGUAUAGAUAGAAAUGAUAGACCAGACCCUCCAAAACAAAAGCCAGGCGAAUUUGUUAAAAUUAACAUUGAACAACCAAAUAAUGAUCUAGAUAUAAAAAGUCGUAGGGAUGAAAAAACUAGAAAUAUAGCCAAUGUUACUGAUGAUGGAAAGGAUGAAAUAGAGAAAGCUAAAACGACUACGCCUAAAAUAGAAAUAGAACCGAAGGAGGAAUCGGCGGAAGAGCCGGUAAAAGAUGUUAAAGUUAACAAAUCUGAUGUAGAAAUAGUUAAACCGGUCGUAGUUAACAAUGACAAUGAGAAGUUAAAAGGCAUAGAUGAUAAGUUAGAAGAUUUAACCGAAUCUAUUGAAGUUUUGGAUAUAGAAGACGCUAAGAAAGGUGAAAAAGAAUCAGAUUUGAAAACAUUAGAAGCAGAGGAGAAGCAAAUUGAAGCUAUCGGUAGACUGCUGGCUUCACGUCGCGGUGGGCAAUUGAUUAUAGAAAAAAGAUCUCAAAAAGACUUGGAAGCUAAAAACAUAGCUGUUGAUAAAGAUCUAGUAGAUUUCAACUUUGGUAACCGAUUUCCUACAACUGAAAGGAGAGGGAUAAUCCAAAAGGUGACUAAAGAAGAAAUAGAAAGAGAGAAAAACAAUGACAGAAGCUUAGAAGUGAGUGAGACAACAUUCGUGAGGCCACCUAGGGUUUUAAGCACAACGGAAAAUAUAAGGAAAGCGAUUGUGAACGGAAAGGUAUUCUAUGAUGCUACAAUAAGAGAGCAAAGAGAUAUUUAUAACAACUCUACAAGAAAGCCUAGAAAUUUUAGACAUUUGGAAGAAAAUAGAGCACCAUCAGUAUUCAGCAGUAAUAAUUAUGGUAAGAAAAAGACAAUCAAGGCAAGAAAUGUAAAUCCUGUAAGAAGAGUUCGUAGAGUUUACAGAAAGAGGUAUAAUCCAGAGGAAGUGAGAAGGAGAUUGUUGGAAAGAGAAAAAAGCUUGAAAGAGGCUAAAGAAAUGAAAGCAUAAUCAUUCAAAUAAAAUAUCGAAUUAAGGAAUAAGAAUUGUGAGAGUCGUUAUUAUGAUAGAGCUUGAAGUAUAAGCGUAGAGUUUAUGUAUGAUGUAGAAAGUCCCGUGCUUAAAUCGUUAGUAUUAAAGAAAUAAUUUAUUUUUAAGGGAUUUUGAAUAUUCACGGUUUUAAAUUGUCAGUUUGACCACAAAACUUUACUUUUGCACGUGUUGAGGUAUUUUCUAUCGUCCAGAAAGCGACAAAUUUAGGCCGCUGCGCUAAACGAAGUUAUCGCUUCCCGACUCCGUCGAACAGAAAAAUAGUAUACACAACUUGGCCAGUAAAUAAAAAAGCACCAGAUCUUAUUUAUAUUUGUUGACCUCGACUCCGCUUCGGCCGACAAUUGCAUGUGAUCUGAGACAUUUUAAAUAUUAAUGGCUAAGUAUGUUAACUUACUUUUGUAACAGGGCAUUUUCUCGAAAACAAAAUCAAAACCUUUUUUUUUAAUAGGUAAAUUUAACGUUUUUUCUACUCAGAAUCACAAGCCCUUUCGAUCCUAGUAGGUAAAAAAGCGUCCCAAAUUUAAUUUUUCCACUUC